AUGAGUAGCUCAAACAAAGAAGGCUAUGAUGCCGGAAUCACGGGAGUUACCAUUCCUGUAAAACGAUAUAUAACAGGACAUGACCUUACUACUGGACGAAGCAUUUACGUAAAUGCGCCUGAGCUAUGCACUGCAGCCGUGCCUGGAUUUGGAACAGCAUCACGCUCUUAUGCUACUCUAAAGCUACCUACGGAGCUGGCAGAUAAUCAAGACCUGGAGGCACACCUUUCGCGUGACUCUGUUACGAGCUACACACGAAGUACGGACUUUCUCGUUCCUCCAUCGGUCUUGAAUGACCAAAUAGGGCAUGGUGAGCUGGGAGGCGCAAAUGUGAUAAAUCUUGAAAUAGACCCUGGUGCAGUGGGUCACAUGCAUCGAACGGUGUCUUUGGAUAUCUCGACUUGCGUGAUGGGGGAGGUAUACCAUGAGCUUGACAGUGGCCAAAAGGUGCUGUUGAAGGCUGGGGUAAGCGUUCACAGACCUUUCAUGAUCGAUAGAGGGUCUCCCACGUGGAACCCCGCUAACACUCGUGUCUUGCAGGAUCACAUUAUUCAGCGGGCAACUACGCAUAGAUGGAUUAACGCCUCGAAGGUGCAUCGUGCUCGGGUACUUGCAGUUCUUCUUCCAUGCCCCCCAUUUAAAGUCAAUGGUCAAUACAUAACAGAAGAGCAUAGGUUUAAAUAG